AUGGGUUGGUUCGACGACGACUCCCACCAGGCUCGCUCCUACGAAGAGUUUCAGAACCUCGACCACCGAAACGAAGAGCACCGCGCCAAGAUGAGCCACGAGCUGAUUGCUGGUGCCGCCUCGUUCGAAGCCAUGAAGGCUUACGAGGACCAUGUUGCCCGCAAUGGCCAACCGCCCAGCCACCAGAUGGCCAAGGAGCUCCUCGCUGGUUUCGCUGGGGCUUUCAUCGACCGUGAAUUUGAGACCAAGGGGCUGGACUUUUUGGAUCGCGAGCAGGCUAAGCGACAUGCCCACCGGCAGCUGGAGGAGGCUUCUGCCCGUGACUACUAUUAG